GCCACGUGUGCGCCCCUCUCCUCGCGAACUGUCAAAUCGACGAGCGUUGUUUGUAUACGAAAUUCAUCUCGCGGUUUAGCGUCGUUCGCGUGAGACUUCCGAUUGAGACAGACAGUUGCGUUCCGGUUUAGGAUCAAGGAUGAGUCGUACGAUGGACGAGAAGGAGGAAUUAGUGAAGAAGGCCUUAUUUAGUUUCGUUAGGAAACAGGUGCCCACUGCUCAACUGAGUUUAAUAGACGACAUUGUACUGAGUUACGUAGUGAGUAUGGUGGAGGAGAGUGCGCUGGAGGAGAAUCUGGAUGUGGAUGGAUUGUGUGAAAUGGUAUCUGCUUGCCUUCCUGAGUUCUCCACCAUCGAGAAGGAAGCUGUGUCGAAGUGGCUGUUGGACGUGGAGAGUAAAUUGAAACAGGAGAGUAAGGAGAAUGAAAAUUGCCAAUCUCACAGCGAUCCGUUGAAUCACAUCAGCCUCUCAGCUCUCUUGCCAGCUGGUACGCAAAGAAUGCGCGUUCACCAUCUGUCAGAGACGAGUGACGCCGGCAGCGAUUCUAGUGGAGAAUACUUUUCGGAGGAAUCCCAAUGGCAUCAGGUGGCUCUGUUGCAAGAGAUGUUCCCAGCAGCGAGCACCGCAGAAGCAAGGCAUUGUUUAGCAGUUGCUGGGGGUGAUAUAGCAAAGGCUGCGCAGCUCGCGUUACAUCGUCAGGAGGCAGGUCAAAGUAUCGUGAGCAAUCUUACGUUUUUAACGCCGAAUGGUCGCAACAAAGCGAGAUUGAACGACGAAGAGCUGAAGUCUCGCAUCAUAGCACGAUACAGCUACGUCGACCGGGACGACGAUUGUCGCGAGCACCGUCCAGUGGCGCCGAAGACCGAGCCCAAGAAGCUGGUACGAUAUCUCGACAAUAAGAUCGUAAGUGUGAAGGGUGAACGUUACACGGAGGUGCGAAGGGGCGGCGAGGACGAAGACGGUAACGAAGGCGGUAGAAAAAGAGGCCAUUGCCGUCCGUAACCAGUCCCUUUGCCUCCACCCCCCGAUCCACCCCCUUGGAGGCAUCUAAUUUUCGAUUGAAUUUUAGAUCUUUUUCAUCUUUCUCGUGUAGGAAUAUAUAGACAAAAUAUCGAAUUUAAGAUAGACAUCACGUUUUUCGGCGUUUCAUUUCCAAUAAUGCAGCUCUCCGAAUCUCUCGCACGUGUUUCAAUAUUAAUUUGUUGAUUUAUUUGAUACGGUAUUGUGCAGGGAUGGCAGAAAGGUUCAUAAACGAAAUAUCUUGGAAAAUAAUGAUUAUGGAAGAAAAUCAAAUCGUCUAUUACGUGGCUAUGUCGAUAUGACCUUGAAGGACUCCGUGAAGGUCAGCUUUGAAAUCUUUUUUCCAUAGUCAUUAUUUUCCAAGAUAUUAUGGAACUUCUUGCCAUCACUGUAUAUAUAUAUACAUAUAUAUAUAUAUAUAUGACUAUAAGUACUAGUUUUUUUUUACGUUAUUUGUUCGAACUGAUUCGCGAUUAAUCGUCCGAUUUCUAUGUAUAGAUCAUAUUUUUUUUCAAUCGAGCGUGCAAUGGCCGUUAAAUUAAGGUAUUCAUAUCCAUAAUGGGGUAUUAUAAUAUUAUGCAAUUAUGCAGAUACAUUAGUAUAUUACUACUGGUAUCGAAGACGAUAUAAUUCAUCAGACUUGCAAAAGGAAUAAUUUUAAUUUCAACGUAAAAUGUAUUUUUAUUUACGCACUUCUCAGAGUUUUUCAAUCGAAUAAUUUUUGCAAAAUGAAAUAUUUAUUUGACUCAUUAACUUCAUGUAUAUGUAUUAUUAAGAUUUAGACGUUUCGUGAAAGAGAUAUAUGCCUGAUUUAGAGAAUAAUUAUUUAUAAGUUGUUAUGUAAAAAAAAACAAUCGUCUCUCUCAACUACAUUUUAUUAUUUAAGUAAGUGGGCUAUUGUAAACUCGGCACUUGACUUAAUAUCCAUUCCUCUUAUUCUACUCUGAUAGAAAUCAUGUUAUAUUUUUCAAGUUUAUUUAUUUUAUACAAAUAUAAGAAUACUCUUCAAAUCAUACAAAGUUGUUCACUACAAACAGUAUUAAUCUGCAUAAUUCUCUUAAAUUUGAAGAUAUGAAAAGAGAAUAAUUGAUAAAAGUUUAAGAAACAAAUGUGACGUAGAAAUUUUUUUUUUCUCAAGGACAAAAUGUAUCCAAAAAAGUUGUUGAAUCAAUCUCGACAAUGAUUAUUAUUAAUACAUAAAUAAAAAAGUACAUUUUAUUUCU